AUGCAAUUCUUAGUACUUACAUCAGAAGUUAAUCAACCUUACGUUAUUCCAAAUGUAUCACCAGUCUCGUCACCAAACUUGCAAGCAAUUAACCAUGAGAACAAAGAGUUGGCUGCUGACAGAAGGAUAUCAGUAAUCCAUAUACAUUAA